ACUCAACAUUGAAAAAUACGAAGUACGCCAUAUAUCCCCAUGGCCAUAUCCCAAGCCAUCAUCAUAUUGGACCAAAUUCCGAUCUCACCACCGCCGGAAGCAAUCACCGGAGUCCCCCUUCCCCUAACACUUUUCGAUAUGGCACCGAUGCUAAUGCCCCCAAUGCAUCAACUCAUAUUCUAUCACCACCCCAUGGGAAGAAUGGACUUUAUGGAUUCCCUAAUUCCUAGUACCAAAAAAUCAUUAUCCCAAAGCCUCCGACAUUAUAGUCCCUUAGCCGGUAGAUUGGUUGUCUCACCUAACAAGACAGACAUGCCGGAAAUUCGUUACGUGGAGGGUGACACUGUUCUGUUGGUGAUCGCGGAGUUCGACUCAACGAACACCAACGGUUUUAACCACUUUGUGUCAAACGAUGCAAAAAGUUCAUCAGACUUUAAUCCAUUCAUUCCAAGACUAAUCCCCGCUUCCCGGGCAUUGGAUGGCUCACUAGCAAUCCCAGUAUUGGCGUUACAAAUAACACUAUUUCCCCAUUUUGGGAUAUGCAUAGGUGUGACCAACAACCACGGAAUGGGUGAUGCGAGUAGCAUCUUCGGGUUCAUGAAGGCUUGGGCUUUCUUUUCUAACCAUCACAAAGACGACAAAGAAACAUCACCUCAAUUUGUACCAGAUUAUGAUAGAACAUUCUUCAAAGAUCUUAAGGAGCUAACAACGAUUUAUUGGGACCGUGUGAAGAACAUCUACUUUGAUGAAACACAUGAUGCUCAUUGCCUCCCGCGUAUCAGUAACAAGGUCCGGUCCACUUCAAUCGUGACACGAGAUGACAUUCAACGACUUAAGAAUCACGCCCUCACGCGAGGCCGUGAUUUGUUGCAUGUAUCAACAUUUACCGUGACUUGCUCAAACACAUGGAGUUGUCUGGUGAGAUCAAGACGCCUGACAUACAAGGAGGACGAAAAUGGUGGGGAGUUAGAAGAAAUGGAGAAUUUUCUGUGCGCGGUUGAUAGUUGGGAACGUUUGGACCCUCCCUUGUCUAAAAACUACUUUGGCAAUUGUAUUGUACCAUGUAUAGCUAGCAUAAGAGAAAAAAGCUUAAUAGGAGAUGAAGGGAUGAUAAAGGCGACUGAGGUGAUAGGAGAGAGCAUUCGUAGCCAAUUAUACAAUAAGAAAAAGGAUGGAGUGUUGAAAGGUGUUGGUGACAAGAUUGCUAUUAUCUCCAAGCUUAACUUCGGUCGAACCUUGACCAUUGCUGGCUCGCCCAAGUUUGACUAUUACGGGCUCGAUUUUGGAUGGGGGAGGGCUAUGAAGUAUGACUUUCCUUCUAUUGAUUUGAACGAGGCUAUUUCUCUUAGUGCAGCCAAGGACCAUGAAGGUGGAUUAGAAGUGGGCGUGACAUUGCCCGUUACACAAAUGCACUAUUUUACCAAGAUAUUCUAUGAGGGCUUGAAAGCUAGGAGGCUAGCUAGCUUAUGAUCAGGGGAGGAUCUAUGUUAGGGCUAUGGUGGGCUGAAGCCCGGAGCAAAGUAAAAAAAUUAUUAUUUUUAAGGUAUUAUGUUUAAAAAUUUGCAUCCAGCCCAUCCCAAAUUUUUCUAUAGCCCAGUCCAAUUUCUCAGCCCAGCCCAUAAUACAAAAUCUUAACAUCUAAAAAUCUAAUCUAAAUGUUAUACACAUCAUCCUCAUACUUAAUAAUUGGCACUUAGUAUAUACAUAUAAGGACUUUAUUGACAUGUUCACAACAACUUUUAAAGUACUUGAGUAUCUUCAAAAACAUUGCUCAAAAGUGAGUUCUUGGGCAUAAGUUCGUAGUGUACAUAAACACUUUUCAUGUUUUGAAUUUGUGAUCCUUUACUUUCUUUCUUUUUUUUAGUCCAAGGGGGUCUGGGGGAAGGGGGACUGGGGGGAGCCUCGAGUAAUCAGGGCUGAAACUCACUCCAUUGAGUUUCGCACCCUUGUGUGCCUAGCGGAUUUCGAACUCGAGACCUCCCACUAGACACGGUAACCUCACAAUCAGCUAGGGUGGAAUGCUUGGUUAUGGAAAUAAUGAAUUCUGUCAAGGUCUUCGAAUUUUUUUAUUUAAUAUCUUGUUAGCCAUGAGAGACAUUUUUCCAUUACACAACCGAUCAUUCUAGAGGAAUUGACAAAAAACGGAUGGGAAGGCUUUCUUGAAGAAGUAAAGGAGUUUUGCUCAAAACAUGAAAUUCAUGUACCGAAGUUGAAUUUUGAAUAUACGGUUGGUCAUUGCAGAAAGAAACUACAGUUGAACAUCAUUAUCACUUUGGUGUUUUCAAUGAGGCAAUAGACUUUGUAUUGAUGGAGUUAAGGACCCGAUUUAAUGAUAAAUCAGUAAAACUCCUUUCUUUGAGUGCUUCAUUGGAUCCCAAAAAUUUAUAUGGGUCAUCCAAUGUCGAUGUUAUUUGUACUCUUGCAAGGAAUUUCUAUCCCGAAAAUUUUAGUAGUCAGGACAUUCAUGCUUUGGAAUUCGAGCUGCAACACUAUGUUCAUGAUGUAUUCAUGUACAAAGUUUUAGUAUCUACAUUUGUUGAAUUAUGUGAGGAGUUGACUAAGAGCAGAAAAUCUGAUUCAUAUGUUAUGAUGAGUAGAUUGAUUUUCCUUUUAUUGAACUUAGUGUUCUUUUGCAAAAUUAGAAUGCUCGUUUUAUGCCAUGAAACUUCUAAAGGCCGCACUCCUCAACAAAAUGGAUGAUGACUUUAUACUGAAAAAUACAUUACUCUUAGUAUAGAUAUAAACUCUAUUGUUGAUUGGUUCGUUUUGUUUCAAAGCCUCGUUGAGAACAAAUUUAAUGGAGAACUCUUAUAUUUGAUUUUUUGUUUAUUUUGAAAAUUUUCAAUGUAUUAUUAUUUAAGUGUUUCAGCCCAGCCCAACAUGAAAUCCUGGAUCCGCC